AUGGCAAAGUCAUCAAUGUUAGUGCUACUGAUGCUGAUAUCAGGAUGCAUUGUGCUGCCUUCUCCUUCUCAUGAAGGUGAGGGGUUGCAGGUGAUCAGAGCCACUAAGGGAGAAGAUGCCGUCCUCCCCUGUACUCUGAGAACUCCCAGAUCACAACAGAGCUGGUUUCGUGUCAGAUGGAUGAAACAGACCGUUGGUAGUUCAACGUUCUCUGUGGUCCCAGAUUCGGAACGAGUUGGGAAAGCCUUGAACUUCAAUGGAGACCUGACUCUGAAGGCAGCAGAUGAGCCUCAAGAAGGAGACUAUAUCUGCCAAGUCUGUGAAGGAUUUUCUUGUGAUUUGACAACCAACCUCACUCUGAAAUUGAGAGCUACUUUGCCUUGUCCACUUUACACAAGAGGAAACAUCUCCUGGUCAGAGAUUAAAGGAGAGACAAUGAAACCAAUCCUUGAGUUCUCAAGUCUAAGUACGGAGUCCAGUCUGAACUCUGCAACAGCCGCAAAUGGAAAAGGGAGGUUCCGGAACAUCACAGCAGGGGAUGCAUCAUUAGUCAUACUCUCUGGGGAGGCUUCUAAUAUGUGGUUCAGAUGUACUUUCUAUGUAGGGCAAAAGAAGCAAUGCUCUGAAGUGAAUCUGCAAGUGAAACAAAAGGACGAACCGAACACUUCGACUUUGUCAACACAGACAACAAUGGUGAUCACAGCACAAGCUACACGCACCUUUGCAGCCACAUUAAGUGAAACUGUCGUAAGUGUGCAGACUGAGUCGAGCGGUUGGGUUGUAACUCUCGUGGUCUCAAGUGUUACCGUCAUCCCUGCCAUUGCACUGAUUGUGGGACUGUACUGCAGAUGGAAGACCACUGGACACACAGCAGAUGCCUCAACAUGGCCAAACCACCACUACGAAUUUUCAGAAGUCCCAGUUUCAGUGGUCAAUGAAGACUAUUCUCUGCCGACUGACCAAGAGGAGAGCGUGUGUACCUUUAUAUACGAGUGAAAAGGAUGAACUGCACUUCUGCCUUUCUUUGACAUGUUACUAUGAGUGUUCCAAGACAUUCUUUCCAAAGUGUAAUUU